AUGGCAAACUUCACCAUCAAAAUCAUCUCAGACAACGUCUGUCCUUUCUGUUAUCUAGGGAAAGCCCGCCUAGAUCGAGCUAUUUCUGCAUUCCGCAAUGCCACUCCAAAGGGCGAAACCGACAACUUUACAAUCUCCUGGCAUGCGUUCUAUCUCGAUCCUUACGCAUCUUUCGAAUCGGAACCUGUGCGACAGCACGUGGCACGGAAAUUUGGAAGCCUCAGUCGGGUCGACGCAAUCCAUGAACGGCUAGCGCAGACAGGCGCUGAAGAGGGCUUGAAUUUUACUUUCAAAGGGUUAGUGGGCAAUACCAGAGACUCUCAUCGACUUGUACAACUCGGCAGAUCCAAGGGCAAUGCUACGGAGAACAAAGUCGUCAGUGAGAUUAUGAAGAUGUUUUUCGAAGAGGGUGGCGAUAUCACCAGCAUUGACGAUCUCGUCAAAGCAGCAGAGAGGGGAGGGCUGGAUUCAACCGAGGCGAAGGAAUGGCUCCUCAGCGAUAAUGGAAAGAGAGAGGUAGAGCAAGAGGUGAACGAGGCAGUGAAAUUGGGUGUCACAUCAGUGCCGACAUUCAUAAUCAACGAGAAAUACCGGGUGCAGGGAGCACAAAGCGUGGCCGAAUUCAUCAAGCAAUUCACUCGAGCCAAAGCUGCAGAACAAGGCCAAGGAGAAUAA